AGCGAGCGUCUAUUUCAGUGAUCGGACCCCGGAAAAUUCCUAUUUGCUCCCUCCAGGGAAAAAUGCUACACUAGAACAGUUUAGCACAAGAUUCAAUCUAGCCCUGGUCUUCCGGCCAGACUGCUGCUGCCCUGGCCUAUGCGCGACCCACGCACUGGUGCUAUACUACUACUACUACUCUACUACACGUACUACUACUACUCUACAUACACUACUAGCUAGCUACAGCUGCUUGCUUCGGCGAAGCUUGCCUCUUUGGGUAAAAAGGGCUUGCGUUUGCUGCACCUUGACAAGGCCAGGCUGCAGGUCAAUCUGUCUGUAUCCCUAUUUCGACGACAGGUUUGUCCGUCUCUCUUUCUCUAUCUUCCUACACCUUGCCUCCAUCGCAUUCACUUGCCAAUUCUCCGGCCUCCGAGACGAGCACCACCACAGUCUGUCGGACAAGAGGCCGGUAGGAUGAACAUCGACUGGGUCGAGGGCGUGUUCGCCGAUGAUCGCGGGGAAGGCAGCAGCAAUGGCUACUACAUGCACAACCAACUUGACCAAGGGAGCUUCGGAGGCGGCAUGAGCAUGGAUGGCGGGGCCAGCGUCAGCAGCGGCAGCAGCAGCAGCGCCGCCGUGCCGACCAACGGUGCGAGCAACGCCAGCGGAGGUACGCCGUACACGACCGGCGCUCGUGGGCCGAAGCCGUAUGUUUGCGACAACUGCCGGAAUCGCAAGCUCAAGUGCGACCGCAAGUUUCCAUGUAGCCGAUGUGUGAGGGGCAAAGUCAACUGCACAUAUCCAGUCCACCACGUUCGGGCUUCGUCAAGCUCGGGAGCAGGGACAGGCGCCGGAACAGGGGCGGACAGGGCAGCUGCAGUAGCAAGGGCGGGCGAUGCGAAAGGGACCAGCCCACACGGCAACGGCAAUGGCAAUGGCAACGGCAGUAGCAGUAGCAGUAACAACAGUAGCAGGAGGACGAGCAGCAGUCACGGGAUAGCGUUGCAAGAUGAACAAAUGGGGACGGCGCUAGCCAUUCGACAACACAACAACUCCGUCUCUGGGUAUAGGCGCGGAUCAGGUCUUCAUCAAUCAUUGGUCGUCACUGGAGCUCCCUCGGCAUCCUAUGUCGACAAGACCUGGCAUGACCAUCUCGUCUCUUUCUUUGGCGCCAACCGGCAGACGGCGCUGCGCACCAUCAUCUUCCUGAUUCAACGGGUAGCGCCCACCAUCGAGCACGAGCACUGGUUUCAAAUCUGCCACAUUCCUACUGUUGUGCGGGCAGUAACGAGGCCAGAGGAGCACCACGGCGUGAGCCCUGCAGUCGUCUUCUCCCUCGUGGCUACAUCUUUGAGGACAUACAACCGGCAGGCGACGCCCAACAGCCUAAUGGCGCUCGAGGCAGUCCCUGGUCCCACGUCCGAGAAUGACUUGUCAGAGCAGAUUCGAAUCUGUGCGGAAACGUACCUGGAUCAGACAAUGACGUCGGCCGCUGCCUCGAGGGAAGGCUUGAGUGCAUCGGGAUGGCUGGGCGCCGCCCAGGCCGCCUCGUUGCUUCUCAGAUUGCAUCCGGAAUUCUCAGCAAGAGGAUUCGACCUCAUGAAGCUUGCCGUUCAUGUGGCCAGGAUGCCAAGGCUUCAGGAAGCAUUGGAAAUGGAAAGCCAAAGGACGAACGCGAUCUCAUUCGACGGGCCCUUGUUCGAAAAGGUCGGCAAGGACGUGGCGAGGAGCGAUGUCAAGCUUGAAGAAGCAGCAAGGAUGAGAUUAUUCCCCAUGUGGAUUGCCAUGAGAAUAGGCUACGCCUACCCAAACAUCGAGCUUCCACAGUCGAGAUUCAAGCCCGACGAGAUGCAGGGCGCCAAGAUCUUCACAAUGUGGCCUGAUGAGGCCGAUAGGCCGUCGACAGACUUGUUCAAAAAUGCAGAGACGAGGACGAGGGGACUGAGCGUCCUCUCCAAGUGCAUGUCGAGCUGGCACCUUCCUGCGUCGAUCGAUUAUGCCGAUCCGCCGGACGGAUUCCGGCAGCUGCUGAGGCUUAUUGACGAUUGCGACUUCCUCAUCGAUGUCGUUCACGAUGUCAUCAACUGGGCUGAGCCUACUCCGAGCCGAUUGACAUUCGCCAAAUUCGUCAACUGCGCCGCACACUUGCAGGGUGUCGUUAUCCGACGGACAGGAUUGGCACACCACGCGGACCUGCAGGACAACAUUGUCGCUGCGCUUCAGGCCCGCCAAGCUUCUCCCGAUUUUGCAGGAGGAUUCGGCGCUACCGGAGGUUCACCGACCUCGUCCAAUUCCCCCUCUUCAUCUGGCUCUUCCACCAUACAUACCACCUCCACAUCUUCUGCCGAGUCAAUUGGCGGUACUGCAAGUCGAAAGACUCGACAACCGUGGCAAAAGGACUUUAACUCUGCCAUUUUCCGGGCUUGGAACUCUAUCUGCCAUACGUACAUGACAGAGCUCGAAGUGGACUACCUGGCGGCGACACACGGCGCAUCGCCGAUCAACAUCAGCAAGUUCCAGCUCGACAGCGCUGCACUGUACGCCGCCGCGAGCAAUCAAUACGCACAGGGCGUCAUAGGCACCUACCGACUCUUGGGCCAUCCAGAACCAGAGUCCAACAGUACUGCGCGGGAGCUGUUGGAGGUUGCGCAGGGCCUCGCGAACCUCAUCAAGCGUCAUCGAGACCUGAUGGGCGAACAGCAGACCAUCGUCUAUCAGCACCAAAGCCACUUUCCCAUGGAGACGACAUCGACUAUGGAGCCUGUCGUGAUCCAGCCCUAGCAGCAAAUUCCCUUCCCCCUCACCCUCCUUCCAGCCACAGUGCUCGAUUGUACCCUUUGCAUCGUUCUAAUCAGCUUGUAUUGUUUUGCUCCCAAUCGC